GUGCACCCCUUCCUGGCCACGCUGUGCGAGACGUCGAGCGUCACGGUGCAGCGCCUCGCAAACUCCGCCAUCAGCCACAAGCUCGUCGCCAGCGGCGACUUCCUCUUCUACCCCGGGGAGGCGGCCACAAAACUCUGGAUCGUGGUUGAGGGGAGCUUCGAGUACUCCAGGGUCGACGCUUCGGGAAGCCUCUGCAGAGAGGCAGUGAGAAACAAGGAGGACUGGAUCGCAGAGCCCGUGCUCUGGACGAAGUGGGUCCACCGCGGCCUGCUCACCGCAAUCGAGGACGGAGACGAGCUGGCGAUCGAUGGCAAGAAGUUCUGCGAGCUGGUGUGCCUCAACCCGCAGGCGUACACGUUCGCGAUCAGGUACGCGCACAACUUCAUGAAGUGGCUGAACUGCCAGGAGCUGGACAGCCUCUCCGACAUCUCGCAGGGCGAAGACGUGGGCGACCUCGUGAGGAGAGCUUCAUGGCGCCGGACUCCGACGAGGAGGACGCCGACGGUGCCGAGAGCGAGGGCAGCGACAAGCAGCGGAACCGGCGCAGCGGGCGGACGUGGAGCCGCGGUCGGCUCAGCCAGCGGAACAGCGUCACCAUGA